UUCGUGUUUGACUUCAAAAACCAAAAGACUCAGAAACAAACUUGCUUUCUUCGUAUCUUCAACUUUUAUUUGAUAAAUUUGUCUGCUUUUCUAUCUUUAGACCAUAUAUACAACUACGGCUUGUUGACCUUCUUUUGAAUAGCUCGAAACUAAAAUUUACAUAACAUGCCUGAAUCAACCGAUUACAUGACGGAUGAAUCCUUUUCUAGUAACUUGGGCACCUCUGUUUUGCAUGCAGAUGACCCUCUUGCUUUGGAAAACGAUGUAGGACCAGCGCUCCAUUUAUCUACAACUUAUUCUUACCCAGGUACAGCUGAAACCUUACAGCCUUAUCAAAGCGUCGGUGAAGAAAGCUUCCCUUAUUAUGUUCGUAUUGCAGGAAACAAUUGCGACCGUGCUGAGGCUGCUCUCAGUUCUGUCUUGAAGGCCCCAAGCGUCCUAUAUGGAUCAGGCUUGGCUGCCAUCUACUCUUUGUUAGCUUACUUAAACCCCAAGAACAUAGCUAUCCACAAACCUGGUUUUGGUGGUUAUUCUGGUACCGUUGGUGUUAUCAAACGUAUCAAUCGCUUGACAGGAUUGAGAACCUCUUACAUUGAUGAAAAAUGUGAAGAGAUCCAUGAAGGUGAUGUUAUUUGGUUGGAAUCUCCCAUGAAUCCCUUGGGUAUAGUCUUUGACAUUCGCUACUACAAGGAACUUGCCCAAAAGAAGGGAGCCGUCUUGGUUGUCGACUCCACUUUUGCACCACCUCCAAUCCAAGACGCCUUAGCUUUAGGUGCUGAUUAUGUAGUUCAUUCGGUAACCAAAUAUCUUGGUGGACACACUGAUGUAUUGGCCGGUGCGACUGCUUCAUACAACAAAUCUGCCAUCCAAACCCUUAAGGGAGAUCGUGCUUACCUUGGCAGUAUUCUUCACCCCCAGCAAUGUUAUUUGCUUUUACGUUCACUUCGUACCUAUCCUUUGCGUAUCGCUAAGCAUAGUGAAAAUGGCUACUUGGUAGCUAACCACUUGAACAAACUAGCUACUGACCCCGAGUUUGCUGCCAAGAACGGUAUUGAAAAGGGCUUGAUUCUUGAAGUCUACCACAAUUCCUUGCAGAAAGAAGAAUUUGUAUCGAAAAAUUUGACAGGCGGUCAUUCUUCAUGCUUCAGCUUCCUCGUGAAAUCCGAAAAAGUUGCCCGACACGUAUGCUGUGAUCUCAGAUAUUUCCACCAUGCUACAUCCCUUGGAGGAGUUGAAAGUUUGAUUGAAUGGCGUAAAAUGACUGAUCCUCACAUCGAUUCUAGACUCAUUCGUAUAUCCAUUGGUAUUGAAGAUGCCAAUGAUUUAAUUAAGGACUUGAAUCGUGUUUUGGCUGCUCUCAGCGCUUAGGAUGGGAAUGGAUUUUUUAUACUUGGGUUAUUAGUGAGUUCUCAUACGCCACUUAGUUUUACAUAGAUACUGUAGCAAAUAAUAUAAACCUCUCAAUCGUUACUCUAUUG